AUGUCCAAUUUAUUCAAUAAAGUAAAGAAGCUUGUCUCAUCAGCAGCAUCGACAAUAUCGGGAUCCUCAACAAGAACAUUCGUUGGAAAAGAUAUCAAGGGAAAUAGCUAUUUUUUGGAGGUGGAUACAGGAAAGGAGAAGAGAACUGUAGAGUAUUCUAAAGGCUAUGAUACCUCUGCUUUGCAUUUACCUCAAGAUCUUCCAUUGGAGUGGGUUUCGUGGUUAAAGUAUUUACGUGAAAAACCACCAACAGAAAAGGAAUCCAAGAUUUUGGCUGAUUAUAGAGAAAAAUUAAAAGCAAAUGGAGAAAAGUGGGAUGAAGAACAAAGAAGACUCUUUUUACAAAAUCAAGCAAAUGAGGGAAAUGCUAGAAAUAAUAUUAGGAGUGAAAAUGAAAAUUAUAGACCAAGUGAUACACCACCAUCUUUCCAAUUUGUUGCAGAUCGUCUCAAAGAAGAGGGAAAACUCUCUAAUGAAGCUGCCACUUUGACAGAAGAAUUUGAAGGUGGAGACAAGUCACAAAAUGUAAGACUUUCAAAGAUGUUAUCUGCAAGUGGAGAAUUGAAAUCAACCUAUUCAGCUAAGGAAAUGGAACAAUUGAGGAGAGGAUCUAAAAUUGCACAAUACGAGGAAGAGCAAGCCAAAUCAGAAAAAGAUCCAUUUGCUCAUCUCAUUCCAGAUGCCAGAUAUAAGAGAAAUCGUACUGAUGAAGAUGUUCAACAACUUCUUAACCAAGCUGCUGAAGAAUUUGAUUUACCAAAGGAUAUGAGAAAUCCAUCCAAUCUCACUCAGGAACAAAUCAGAAAUGUAUCCAAACAUUACUCAAAAUCUAGAACUAGUCCUUUCCUUGGUAAGAAACCACAAGUAAGAGCCAAUUCUGGAUUUGUAAAUAAUGAAGAAGAAAAGUAAUGUGUUUUGUAUCAAUUUUAUUAUAAAUUAUCAUUCGAAGUUUCAAGG